GGCCAAAUGGCCAAUAUUUUUACGAUCCAAUACAUUAAGGAGAUAAGCCUUCCUGCUUCGCUGCCGCUCCUGUACCUUCUCCCUGCCAUGGCUUCCGCUGCAGCAGCCAUCUCCGCCGCUCUCUCCUCUCUCUCCCUCCACCCUCCCUCCCGCCGUUCUCAUCUCUUCAAUACUCCACUUUUCUCCUCCUCCUCCUCUAUCCGCUUCCAUACCGUCCCCAAAUUAGCCGCCUCGCCCAAAGAUGAUAUAGACACUUCCUUCUUCGACAACGUCGACCCGAACUCUGAAAUCACAUUCGAUCCCCCCGUCCCACCUGAGGGCUACGUCCCUCCUCCUGCCUUCGACGAGCUUCCCCCGGAGUCCGAGGAGGCCAUCGCCGCCGCCUAUGAGGAGAUCUACGGUCCCGCCUACAGCGGCGAAUCCGUGCUCGGGAAUGACAUCUAUGUCAUGGACGCUAAGCUCAAGAAGGCUAGCGGGCUUCUCGGCCGCAACAAACGGGAGAAGCCCAAUGAUGGCUUCGACGAGAGGGUCGUCCAGGUGAGAAGGGUCACCAAGGUUGUCAAGGGAGGUAAAAAGCUCUCCUUUAGAGCCAUCGUAGUGAUCGGAGACAAGAAAGGGCACGUUGGCGUCGGGGUAGGGAAGGCAAAAGAAGUGGUGGAUGCCAUCUUUAAGUCCGCUGUGAACGCUCGGAGGAACAUUGUGACGGUGCCAAUGACCAAGUAUUUGACCUUUCCCCACAGAUCGGAUGGAGAUUAUGGAGCAGCAAAAGUGAUGCUGCGGCCUGCUUCACCUGGAACUGGUGUUAUCGCCGGUGGCGCUGUUAGAAUCGUGCUGGAAAUGGCCGGUGUAGAGAAUGCUCUGGGAAAGCAACUGGGAAGCAAAAACGCACUGAACAAUGCAAGGGCAACAGUUACUGCAGUGAUGAAGAUGAGACAGUUACGAGAGGUGGCUCUUGAACGAGGAAUUCCAAUGGAAGAACUGUGGCAGUGAAAUUUCAUUAUGCAAAAUUUGCUUUGUCAUCCAACUGAAGUCGCUUAUGUGAACGAUUUUCCUUAAAAUACAUGGUUUUCGGUUUCGGUA